CUUCAGUUCUGCUGUGCCGAGGCCCUUGAAUCCACAAAACGCCCCCAAAUGGCCAUGACCCUGGGUUACUGGGACAUCCGCGGGCUGGCUCACGCCAUCCGCCUGCUCCUGGAAUACACAGGUUCCAACUAUGUGGAAAAGAUGUACACUAUGGGUGAUGCUCCCGACUAUGACAGAAGCCAGUGGCUGAAUGAAAAAUUCAAGCUGGGCCUGGACUUCCCCAAUCUGCCCUACCUGAUUGAUGGGUCUCACAGGCUUACUCAGAGCAACGCCAUCCUGUGUUACAUUGCCCGCAAGCACAACCUGUGUGGGGAGACAGAAGAGGAGAAGAUUCGAGUGGACGUUUUGGUGAAUCAGGCUAUGGACACUUCUAAUGAGCUCGCCACAGUUUGCUACAGCCCUGACUUUGAGAAACUGAAGCCCGAGUACUUAAACAGAAUUCCAGAAAUGAUGACAUGCUACUCAGAGUUUCUGGGGAAGAGGCCGUGGUUUGCAGGGGACAAGCUCACCUUUGUGGAUUUCCUGGCCUAUGACAUUCUUGACCUGCACCGCAUAUUUGAACCCACAUGCCUGGAUGCCUUCUGGAACCUCAGGGACUUCAUCACUCGAGUAGAGGGCCUGAGCAAGAUCUCUGCCUACAUGAAGUCCAGCCGCUUCCUCGCAGGCCCUCUGUACACGAAGAUCGCUGUGUGGGGUGGCAAGUAGAAGGAGGCUGGGUGAUGCCAGCCAGGGGCCUAUGGGUGCUUGCUGCCGCCAGCCUCCUGUACUUCUAGAGCCACCUCUCAGAUGUUUAUUCCUUGUUUUGUUUUCCCACUUCCCCUCAUUCAGGCCUUAUUAGGCCCCUUACUCUACCUGAAUUUAUUCGCCUAGGCAUUUCAAGUUCUACACAUUUCAAUCAGAAGUCACCCUUGACUUUGCUGUUACUUGUUUUGAAGUGCUUUCUGGGCCCCCUGCCCACAUCUCAUCCUGACCUCCGGCCCUGCCCUGAACGCCAGGACUGGCCUGUGUGUGGGCCCUGCUCCACAAGUGGUCCCUGAAUAGCUCUGCCUGAUCCCCAGUAAAGCCUUUGUCACA